CGUCCCUACCCCAUCCGGCGCUCGUCACUACCCCAUCCGGCGCUUCCAGAGCGCUCGUGCAGCGCCGCGAUAGCGACGUCCGUGCCCGGCCCACCCCAACCAGCACCGGCUCUCCACCGGCCGCGACGCGCCCGCCCAAAGGUGCGCGCACCCGCGCGCGCGUUCUCACGCGGCCGGCCACACCCCCUCUAUAUAUCCCCGGCUCGCUGCUCGGGCUCCUCCGCUCCAGCGAAUCGAUCCGAUCCGCGUGAACUCUGUGCAUCUCACACUCGCGCUUCCCCAGCGCACGCGCCAUGGAUUCAAGGGCUUUCAUCGUGGUGGCCGCGGCGGCGGUGUUGGCGGCGGCGGUGGGGGUGGGAGGGGACUUCGCGGCGGAUCGCGCGGAGUGCUCGGACAAGCUGGUGGCUCUGGCGACGUGCCUGACGUACGUGCAGGACCAGGCGGCGGCGCCGACGCCGGACUGCUGCGCGGGGCUGAAGACGGUGCUGCAGACGAGCCGCAAGUGCCUGUGCGUGCUGGUCAAGGACAAGGACGACCCCAACCUCGGCCUCAAGCUCAACGUCACCAAGGCGCUGGGGCUCCCCGCCUUCUGCAACGCGCCCGCCAACAUCUCCGACUGCCCAAGGCUACUGAAUCUGCCGCCCAACUCCAAGGAGGCGCAAGUCUUCGAGCAGUACGCCAAGCAGGCGGGGGCGCAAGGUAGCCCGAGUGCUACUGGUGGCGCGAACGCGGCGGGCACGGCCGCGCAGAAGAGCGGAGCUGCUGCCGGUCCCGCGAGGCGGUGGUUGGGAGUGGGCAGGGUCGGUGGCGUUGGCGUUGGCGUUGGCGGUACACGCGCGGUGUUGCUCUCCCUCGUCUCCGCGGCCGCCCCACUCGCCGUGCCUUUCUUGCUGCUUCUCGUAUAGAUGUGACAACGAAACGCCGGGCGUUCGCGUGUGCAUCCAUCCAUCCAUCCAUCUACUGAUGAGAGUGGUGUGGUGUUGCCGACCUCAUGUGGGUUCGAGCUGUUGUGAAACUUGACGAUUGAUGGGUUCGUGCUGUUGUGAUUCUCAUGUGGAAAGGAAGUGAGGUUGAAUGAACAAGAGUCGGUUGUGUCGUUUGUAAUUACUAUUACACUUA